UAUGCUAACCGAUGAUGAUGUACGAGUGCCCUUUGGAAAAGCUUCCGAACGAGCUCAAGACUUCGUAAAACAUGGUAUGCUAAACGAAUUGCUAAAUUUGGCGAAAGAAUACAAGAACCUUAAAGAAAUUUACUUGGCUCUGAGUAAGCUAACAAUCCGAAAUGAAUUCUGUAAAGAAAUAUUAGACUGUGGUGGUGUUGAAUUUUUACUUAAAUCAUUAACUGAUCCGGAAAAUAAUGCAUCUCUUCUCAAAUCUAAAAUAUCACUUAUAAAAGCUGUUUCUGGGAAUGAUGACGCUAAAAUCGAAAUAGCUAAACAACAGGGAAUCGAAAUUAUUAUGACUGUUCUAAACAGAUAUAUGAAGAACGCACCAAUCGCUGAAAUUGCAUGUUCAACCUUGGCGAGUGUCGUUUUAAGACAGCCGAAUCAUAGUAAUAUUGUUAUGGAGAAUGGAGGAGCUGAAUUAAUAACUAGAGUAAUUGCAGUUCAUAUAGAAAAUACCAUUGUUUUGUCGUCAUUGUGUCUGCUAGUUAGGAAUCUAGUAAGCAGAGUUAAAGAACAUUCCUCAGCACUUCUUGAACGAGGUAUUGAACAGCAACUUCAUAUGGUUUCGAACAAACACGAAAAAUGUGCUGAUUCGGUGAAAGCUGCCUUAAGAGAUCUAGGUUGCCAUGUAAGCCUUAAGGAAGAAUGGAAAGGAGAAGGCCGUACUUUAGCUAGAUAA